AUGGCGACCACUACUACCUGGGACGCGAUCGUGUUCGUCCUCUCUUACGCCCUCGCCGUCUUUCUUACCAUCGUUGAUGCUCAGGCUUGUAAUGGAAACAUGACUGCCACUGUCUCACUCGUCAAGACUAUCACGGAAACCGUCUCCUUGAUCUCUGGACCACCCACCGUCACCGUGACUGAGGGCUGGGAUGGCUUCAAUUUCACCCACGUCACUGGCACCAUCUUCCCUGGAGUUGCUGCGACCACAACAACUGUCACAGACACCAUCCCUGUCGGAAAUGAGACCAGCUCUCAAUCUACUUCAGUUAUUGGUUCUGCUGGGUCCGGUUCUGCCACGACAGUCACAAGCACUACCAAGAUCACGUCUGAUGUCAACAGCGCCAUCUCCGCUACUGGCCCUGCCAUCCCUAGGCCUCCUUUCGCGAACAUCACUCGUGCAUCUGUCCCCGGCUCUCUGACUCUGACAUUCCCCAUCCUUACUCCCAGUCCAUCUGGCACCCUCAUCUCAGUCACUGAACUUUCGACACACAAUCUGACUUCCCUCCUCACUGUCACAGUGACCAGCACUGCACACUUCGACACCAUUACCUCCGUUGCUUUGCCCACGACUGUUGUGAACACUUCGAGGCCAUUCUUCGUCAGUGGGACUUUCGAGACAAGCUUCCUCUUCUCCACCCCACCGCUAUCGUCUGCCCUGAGUGUCGCAACAUCUAUCAUCGACAGCAUCACCGGAGGCCAUACUGGCGGCAGCACGAGCACUAGCACCACCACAAUCUUAACUACAGUUACACUCUCUAAAAGUUCCACUACUGUUAGUGGCAUCAAUUCCACCGCAGACAAUGCCACGCCAGUGCUCGCUACAACAACUACCACUUCCACCGUCCAACCAGUCAACUCGGUGUUGAGCGCUGCGUCCCCCCUUCUCGGCGAUGCGACCUCAGUGAUUGAAACCAAGACUGUCACUACCUCAUUUACUACCACACCUCUUGAGUCCGUUCUUAGCGCUGCUUCCUCUAUCCUCAGCGUGGCCACAUCAGAAAUCGCUAGCAAGACUACAAGCGCAGGUACAACAACCACGACAGUCUACACAACCGUUCAAGCAACAGAGAGUGCGACCAGUGGGGUAAUGACAUUCACAGUGACUGUCCCGUUGCACUUCACUGCAACUACAACUUCCACAGUUGAGCCAUCUGUGACUGCUAUCAACCAUUUCAAUACCAGCGACACCAUUGCAAGCAAGGAAUCAGCCACCACAUUCUUUCCUUCUACAAAGCCCUUUGGUGUGCCCGUCCUCUCUGUUGUCUCGCCUACCGACAGCCAGAACGCCAGCACUUUUACCAUAGCGAGCAAUGUGUCGUUGUCGCUUCCUGUUGUGUCCACAUCGGCAUCCACGUCUCCAGCCAUGUCGUCAGUCUCGGUGUACACUCCAACCAUGACCGGUGCAGCAUCCUCCCUGCAGGUCCCCGGUGCUUUUCAUCUGUUCACUCGCUUCCUCUUGGUCGCCGACUUGGUCAAGAUAAAGAUCUUUGCCAGAGCAAUGUAUAAACUCCCGCAGCCUGGACCAGAAACUGCCCCGCCUGCACCUAUCAUGGCUACCACCAUCCCUGGAGUCUCACUAUCCAUCUCAGUUUCCGUCUCGACCGUGCCAUGCAACUGCACCGCACACGCCAAUGAGACCAGCACGUUGACAGCCGCAGCAAACUCUACCAUCUGGUUGACCACGACGGUGCAGAGAACGUCGACCGUGACAGCGACCACAACAACACACAUUCCUACUGCGCAUCCUGCCAACUUUACGAUCACUACCACUGGUGCAACUGGUCCUGCCGCGGGUCCUGGAACUCCAACUGGAACUGGUAUCGGUGUUGAGAUGACUUCAGCCUCUCUUGUCGGAUACGUUACCGUGUCUUUGGCAAACGCCACAGUUUUCCCUACUGUCCAAACCACUGGUGCCACCGUUGUGCCAUUCCCCAACAUCACAUCUCCCAUUACCGUUGCGAACACAGCAGCAAUCAGCAACACAACCUUGCACCCCACGGUGACAAGCUUCUUAAGCAGCAUGAGCAGCCACCACGCCACACAGACAUCCGCCACUAGUGGUAUCACCACGUCCUCCGUCACGACAUCAUCCUCGGUAACUCGUCUCACCGUGCACACCUUGACUGCCUUGUUGCUUCUGACCGUCGGAGCCUGGUUCGUCUUGUGA